AUGGCGUCUGAACGCGCAGCACGACAAGUGCGAAUGGAUAUGAGAGAACUUCGUGUUAUUGAAUCGAAACGAUCACAUGCAACGUUUUGGACAAGAAAUCGACGUUUUAUUGCACUGGCUAUUGCUGGCGCUUGCGUGGCUGGUAUGUUGAUUGCUGUUGCUGCUCUAAUUCCAACGAUGGUCAAGAAAGACUCUGAAGCCACAGAUACUACUUUAGCAGCAAGUACGACCACAACAACGGGAGGCAGAGGAACAAAAUCAUCAUGGGCAACAUCAACAACAAUGCAAACCAAGAUCACCAGAUCCAUCACCUCAAUGAGUACUGGCGGCGGCGGCGGCAGUAGCAGCAGCACGACAAGAACAAGAACAACAACGGUGCGAACUAGAACCACGAGAACUACUACGACAAGCAGGAGUGGUGCGAGUACGACUAGUACCACCGACAGCAGCAGCACGACAACAACAACAAAAACAAAAACUAUGCGAACGAAAGCCACCAGAUCUACCACCGUAAGUAGUACUGGGAGCAUAAGUAUUAUGAGUACAACUACAACACCACCAACAACGUCUACGACACCUUCGAGUACAGCAUACCAGUGCUGUCCAAGUAACCGUGCUUGUUGUAAAACUACUCAGUCAACGUUUUAUACAAAAGGUGGAAGUACUACCACGACUACUGCUCGUCCCACAAAAGGCCUUACCAGAACUCCAAAAGGUUAA